AUGGCGGCCAUACAGACUGGGUUUGAGAGUGCCAAGACUGCGUUUGAGAAUGAGCUUCGCUUCAUGCAGAGAAGUUUCAGUGAUCUCGCCCGCCAGGUGAUGAUGCAGCAGACGUUUGUCGAAGAGCGCAUCCGGUCUGAUGGCGGUUCCGGUGUGAAACAGAUACGAAAUCUUGGAAGCGCAGACAGGAUCUACCAAACCGCGGACCACGGGCUCAAUAGCGUUGCUGGAAUACACGAGCACUCAAGUAACACCAGAACCGUCGGAAUGGGCGAGCUAAAUGUCGUGAUUAACGGGGUUGAAUUCCGGACACGCCAUAACGACUACCGCCUGGCGAUGCCUGCGUUUGAUAAGACCUAUAACGGCCAGGUGGACAUCCCGUUCCCUGAUGUCCCGCCCGAGGUUCUCAGUAAAGCUACCAUUGAAGAGCAGAUUGCUGAAAUGAAACUCUGGUUCAAAGCAUUUAAGGAUCAGAAUUCCACAGUGCGUGACUACCGGAAGUUCUUCAAACCCGUGCUCUGUUACAUGGAGGGCGCAUGGACAACCAACACAGAUGUUAUAGAGGAACCGUUUUUCAGUGACAGGCAUUUUAUCGACGCCUCUAGCUGGUUUGACCUUCAGGAAAAGGUCCGAUUUACAUCCUACACCGGUGGAAAAGACAAAUUAGAGAACUUUGCUUACCUCCCCACCACGAUCAUGAACGUGGUAAAUGGGACAGCCGUAUACGCUCAGUGGAAUUACAAAAUCCUGUGUCAUCCGUUAAAAGGUGAUUUGCCAUUGAGCGCCAUUGGAUUCGUCGAUGACUUGUCAAAAAGGAUGAAAAAUAAGAUCACCCCAGCGCAGAUCAAGGAAACCCGCAUGGCGAGAUAUCAAAUUCUUAGCCAACUUCCAACCAACCCAACGGUCAUCCAACCAAGACCCUACGAAUGGGGCAUUCUUGACGAUCUGAUGAAUGAGAUCCCAGGAAAAGAUAAUUACGGUGCCGAAAUAUUCGAUGACGGCUCAGGAGAAACCCUAUAUCACUACAACUCGCGCGUCAAUGCUCUAGAAAAGCUGAAUACGGCCUACUAUAACAGAGCGUACAAGAUGAACCUAAAAGAUGCUUCCGGUAACACCGUCAACCACCGCGGUUUCUCGGACCCCAACCUGUUCGCUGCCCAAACGACAAGCGAGCGUGUUGCCCCCAUGUCUAUGGAAAUCUGCCAAAAAAUUAGGCGGACAAACGUGUGUCAGAGACGAACAGCCCGUUACACGUGGGCCAUUCCUCUCGAGCUAAUAUACAUGACCCCGUUGCUGUCGUGGAAUCCGUACAAUCUACGGCACGUUGCGUCCUUUUGGGAGGAGGACAUCCGUGACGUCGAGUUUACAGCCGACGGGAAGCGACGUACCGGCGGGUUUACGCCGGAAACAGCCUUCAACGGAACUCACGAGAAGAGCUACUACCGGACACCUUCGGUCCUAUUUGGUAACAGCAUGACCGUCGAUCCAGGCAAAGCAGACACUGUUUUAGGUGCCGCUGGUGUUCUGGACCAACAAGGCAAUGUUCAAAAGGUCGUGGCUUCUGGUAUAAGAAUAAUCAUGCCGGAAAUAGAAGGUGUCGGUAAAGUCCGCACGCGCUAUCCCAUAAUGCCUUUGCAUUCGGAUGGAGAGCAGACGAGAAAGGAACUGGACGCUCUUAAGGAAAUUGUUCUGAGCAUGUCGACACACGGUGGACUUUUCUACGAGAAACCAUUGACCGCCGACAAUGUUGGUGACUAUGCCUCCAAAAACCCAGCCCCAGUUCCCCCAAACCAAGCCCCAGUUCCCGAAACAGAAGACCGAGUUCGUACGUUCCAGCUUGCCCCGACCACGAGAAACCCGCCCGGUUUGCACAGCCAUACCUUCACCGUUCUGCAAAGUGAAAUUGACAACAUUAUGAAGGUAGGCAAGGUUGUAGGUGUUGAGACCACCACGGAAAACGGUCACGCGCACGUGAUGAGGGUCAAGAUGGACGCAUUCGGCAGAUAUGUCUAUACAAUUUGCGACGGACAGAAAGAAUGCUGGGAUGGACAUCCAAGGGAACUGAUUCUACUCCCUUAAAUUGGCUCCAACUGAUUGUAUGAUCAACUUAAAGUAACCUUCAAGCAAUGUUUUCUUUUCAAUGCAUCUUCUUUCUUUAUAUAUUAAAACUAGAAUCAUUA